AUGUCUCAACUCUUAACAGAAUCCCGCCCCCCGCCGGGUCCGGCGCCGGAUAAGUCAACCUUUGUCAAGAUCCGCACCACCCUCCCGCAAUUGCCCUUCCCGCCGCUCUGGGCCCGCCAACCCAUCGUCACCCCGCGCCUCAUCAUCCGCCCCGUGACGCUGGACGACUUCCCCGCCAUUCAUGUGCUGCGUACGCAGCCCGAGGUGAUGCGCUGGACGGCCGUGGGCAGGCCGGACAGGGAUAUGGAGGAGACCAUUGCCAGGUGCAAAGGGAUGGGGCUGGAGAACCCGGGCGAUACGUUCAACUAUGUGAUCUGUGACAGGGAGAGCGGGGAGCUGAUCGGUCUCGGCGGAUGUCACGUCCUGAGGUCGAGCCUGGGGUGGCCGGAGGUGGGGUAUAUGCUCCGGAAGGAGUACUGGGGCAAGGGGCUGGGGUCGGAGUUUCUGCAGGGUUGGUUGCGGGCGUGGGAAGAGUUGGAGCGCGAGGCUAUAGAAUGGGAGGUUGAUCCGAGGACGCUCGUCGGGGAUGGAGGAACUGCGGAUGGGCAGGAUGGGUUGGUGAGGGAGCGGCUGAUUGCCCUUACGGCCGCUGGCAACGAUAGGAGUCAGGGGGUGUUGAGGAAGAGCGGGUUCGAGUGGUUCCUCACCUGGCUGGCAGAUGAUGCCUCCCGAGUCCUGACAAACGUCAACAAACAGGAGAAGUGGGCGUUUCUCUCAAGCACAAAAGAACAAGCGAAUGACAGCGGUGGCUGGGGCCAAAGCCAUGCAGACCAGAACAUAGGAAGCGAGGGGCUGCAGUGGCAGCAUGUGUCAGAGGAUUACCUGGUACACAGCGAAGCCCAGGGUGGCAAGGCCUUUUAUGGCUACCUCUUUACCAAAGCGAGGCCGAUUCCAGAACCCACACCCAAAAACGAAAUUGGCGACAAAAAUGAUAAGCACUUGACUCCUACAAAGCUGGCUGCCUUCUAUAAAACCGCUGGACACGACUGGGACUGCGAAGACGACUUCGCGGCACCAUCCAUCCCGGCGUUGACGGAGAAGGGUUUCGUGCACUGGCAGAGAAUCCAGACGCUGCUUGGGCCCCAGACGCAAGUGCCUGUGUUGCAGUUUGCCGCCGCUCACUGGUCGUUGAAGCAUCCUGACAACGGCGCUCCACUGCCGGCAGACCUCCCGAAGGAGUCCUUCCCAUCCGAAACCGACCCCGAUACGGAUCGCUGGCAUGAAGAAUGCGCACACAGGUCGCGCAUGAAAGCGGCCGCGGAGGAGGCAACCGAGCUCCCGAAGGAGGCGCCCAAACCCGAGUUUGCCGACCGUAAGGUUCCCUAUCGGAACGUCCGUGUCAGCCCGACAACGCCACGCGACUACUUCACCUCCCGGCCGGUGAACAUCUCAUAUGUCCACGUUGCAUCCCCCCGCCCAGCUCCGUCAGGCCGGUCUCCCGAACGAGAGCGACCAAGGGCCCGAGAGCACUAUGUCCGCCGCCAGCCGACCGCAACAGAGGAACCAGCCCCACGCCGCCGAAGCUUCUCUGACUACCCGCACUCACCACAGGAAGCCCACCCCGUGCGAGUACCACGCCAUGUGCCCGAGCGCAGCCCUCACCGCCGCCCGCACAACAAGCCACGGUGUUAUAGUACCUCAUCCGAGUCUGACAGCCCCCCUGUCAGUCCACGGACCACUCCGCGACGUGUCGUUCGCUCAAACGAGCCGCCUCCGAUCUCUGUUCGCCGCGUCUAUACCGGUAGCUCCGAAGAGUCGCCGCGAGUCAUCCGGACAAGCAUGCCUCCACCUCCAAUUCCGGCAUCUCACCUCCACACCCCCCGCCCAGCCGACGGCGGUCGAAGCACGCCAAGGGACGAUGACAGUAAAAGGCGGAGUGCACUGUCCGAUCUCAAGGAGCGGCUCUCUAGCUUCAUCGGCCCGGCCAUCGGCGCCGAGAGAGCAAGGAGCGCGAGCGGCUCGCGAGGGAGACGGGAGAUGCUGGGUGGCUCACCGCGGGUCUCGAGAUCGGAUAUCCUGCCCAACUCCAGGCUCAGCCAGUCGUGGUCCGACAUCGACACCGACGACUCGGAUCUGGAAGAGGAACGGAGGCGACGGAGCAGGAGACCGUCUCACGACAGCAGGAGCCAUCAUCAUCGGGACAGGGAGAAGGAGAGGGAGAGGGAGAGAGAAAGAGAAAGAGAUAGGGAGCGGGAUCGUGAACGAGAAAGAGACCGAGAGAGAGAACGAGAACGGGACCGGAUGGUGCGCAGCCGUGAUCGAGGUCGAGACCACCCCAUCAGAGACCGCGAGCGCGAGCGGGAUAGAGCAUCCAGCCACAGCGACCGUGACCACGAGAGGCGAGAGCGGGACGGGCCCGUCCCCUCCCCAUCCCCCGCCGCAGCCGCCGCAGCCGCAACCCUCCACCGCGAGAGGCACCGACCCGGCUCCUCUGAGGACUCCUCUCCGCGCAGCUGGGCCCACGGACCGUACCUCGCCGGCGCCGUGGAGGGCGGCCACCACCGGCGGACGAGCAGCCAUCCGGAGCUCGACCGUCUUGCGCGCCGGCGGGACUGUAUCCAACGAGAGUUGCGCGAUGGGGAGCGGGACCACCGUGACAGGGAGAGAGACAGGGAGCUGAGGGACCGCGACAGUCGGAUCCGGUCCAGGGAGCGAGAACGGGAACGGGAACGGGACAGAGAAAGGCUCGCUAGGGACGAUGGGGAACGGUGGGGGAGGAGGGAGGAGCACAUUUCUAGGGAGAGGGAGCGUGAACGGAGGGAUAGGGAUAUCGAAAGAAUGCCGAGUCCCGCGUUGUCUACCGGGGUAGGCGGGAGGAAGUACCCUGAUCCCAUGGCUGAGGGGCUCAGGCAUUUCUGA